UCACCGCGGAAUGUGGAGCAAGUGCGGCAAGUGCACAGACCUUACCUUAUUCCGGGCAUUAUGCAAUGUCUAUGGGCCAAAGUCUUGGGCUUCAUAAACUGGGUCGACGACACGCCCUUCUCCAUCGCCUUCCUCGGCUGAUAGGCUCACCCCCGCCGACUUUUGUGGCUGUCACUUGGAGCUGGGCAAUUGUAAAUUGAUUUGCCACGAUCGAGGGAUAGAGAAAUGGAUUUCUGAAAGUCACGCAAAGCCAGCCGGCAAAGCUGAAACGAGUUUGAGCAGUGCGCCCGAUUAUGAGUAAUUGGCAUUGCGCUGGUCAGGUCUUCUAUAUAUGGCCCAACCAGUGACUUUCCAGCACAGUUGUUCCAAUUGCUCCAAUCGACAUGGCUUACUUCCAGUUCCUCAGCGUUGCCUCCAGCUUGCUUCUACUCCUGGCUCCCACGUGGGCGGGACUGAUUGCCCAGCCGACCAUCAGCUAUGCUGGCGAUGAGCACGCGGUGGCCCACACCCAGCAGAAUGUGGUAAGGAGCUUCGAUGGCACCGUCUCCCACUACGCCAAGUCGCUGGCCACGCCGUACUCGCAGGUCCACAAGCAGGACACCCGGAUCAGUAACAAUGUCUACCAGCCGGCGGUGGCCAAGACCUUCAGCUAUGCCCCAGCUCCAGUUCCAGUCUCGGUUCCAGCUCCGGUUUACACUCACCAGGCUCAUCAGGAACCCACCAAUCUGUUUACUCAGGCAUCGCCCGUUUACCAGCACGCUGCUCAUGUCCAGACUCCAUCGGUUUACCAGCAGGUUGCUCAUGUCCAGACUCCAUCGGUUUACCAUCAGCCCGCUCAGGUGCAGAGCUACCACCAACCUGGUCAUGUGGAGGCACCUUCUGUUUACCAACAGAACGCCCACUACAGCCACCAGCCCGCUGUCAUCCACUAUUCUCCGGCGGAGACCGUUUCCCACAUGAGCUUCGAUGGAUUCGGUACCCACUACGGAUUUUAA